AUGCUCCUUAACGUCUCGUCCUCGAUUGAACCACUUUAUGGUUUUCACAGAACAAUCACCACUUCAAUUGCUUCCGAAAACGAUGACUGGAUUCAAUUACUUGAAGAAUCACAAUGCCUCGUCCGUCUUUACUACAAACUACCAGUCCUUGUCUUCGUGGAUCCUUAUGAGCUGGUGAACUACCAGCAUCUAUACACGUUCCAUCAUCAUGGAAACGCGAAUCUAGAGCUCCCAGUGGCUGCUAUGGAUUCGAAUGGGACAUCACUCCUGCUGACCCUCACCUCAGUCGGUCCGCAUGUAGAUGUGAAGGUCCCUAUACAUCUUCGGUACGGCGAAAUCUCACAUUCAAAUUCGGAGGCACAUCGUACCGCGGAGAUUGCAUGGCCGCAUUUGUUUCUAUCAUGCACUUCAUCUGUGCAAAUUCUAAAUGCCUCUCUGAUAUCCUACGACCUGCCUCCUGGAGAGUUUGCGUCAUCGCUAGCAGGGUAUUCUCUGUACGUGACCUCGGAACCCUUCAGAGCCGACCCCGAUGCUCGAUUUAUGGCCGUAGCGGUUCCAGUGGGUCAAUUUGGAGACCUCGCUCAACUCGGAGGCUGGGAAAGCGAGUGA